CAAUCAGUAUUUAUUAGACGCCUACUGCGGACGGUUGGUCUUCACGCAGGUCAGGCGAGAAGGGGUGGUGAUGCGCAGGCCGCUGCGGAGACCCGGAGCCCGCCGCGGAUCACGGGAAUUUGGCGCCUAUUUUUUGUUGGCUGGGUGUUCUCGCUGGUGAUUGGGUCUCGGCAAGGCGUGCCGGUGCGCUCGGCUGCGGCUGCUCCGUCGACCUUGGCAGGACCGGGCGGUGCAGGACUCACUCGGCUGGCCUCCCGGGGGAUGGGCCACCAGGAGUCUCCGCUGGCCCGGGCGCCAGCGGGAGGUGCAGCUUAUAUAAAGAGGUUAUGUAAAGGGCUCAGCUGGCGCGAACACGUGGAAAGCCACGGGAGCCUAGGAGCCUGGGCCUCCCCAGCGAGCGCCGCGGCAGCAGAAGGACCCGCUGCACGCCGGGCUCGAGCCACCACCUACCGCGCUGCUCCGUACCGGAGGCAGCCCAGGCCCGGAGCGGACCAUCCCCAGGCAGGGGCUUCAGGGGGGAAACGGGCCGCCCGGAAGUGGAGGUGCGCGGGCCAGGUCACAAUCCAAGGUCCCGCUCUUCCGCGUCCCAGGGCCGGACGGAGGGAUGAGGCAGGGGGGGCCCGGGCAGCGCCGUUGCUGCUCCCCCCGCCGUCCGCAGUCAUGGAAACGGGGAAGGACGGCGCCCGCAGAGGUACACAAAGCCCGGAGCGGAAAAGGCGAAGCCCAGUGCCGCGGGCGCCCAGCACGAAGCUGAGGCCGGCGGCGGCGGCCCAGGCCAUGGAUCCGGUGGCGGCCGAGGCCCCGGGCGAGGCCUUCCUGGCGCGGCGACGGCCGGAGGGCGGUGGCGGGUCCGCGCGGCCGCGCUACAGCCUGUUGGCGGAGAUCGGGCGCGGCAGCUACGGCGUGGUUUAUGAGGCAGUGGCCGGGCGCAGCGGGGCCCGGGUGGCGGUCAAGAAGAUCCGCUGCGACGCCCCCGAGAACGUGGAGCUGGCGCUGGCUGAAUUCUGGGCCCUCACCAGCCUCAAGCGGCGCCACCAGAACGUCGUGCAGUUUGAGGAGUGCGUCCUGCAGCGCAACGGGCUAGCCCAGCGCAUGAGUCACGGCAACAAGAGCUCGCAGCUUUACCUGCGCUUGGUGGAGACCUCACUGAAAGGAGAAAGGAUCCUGGGUUAUGCUGAGGAGCCCUGCUAUCUCUGGUUUGUCAUGGAGUUCUGUGAAGGUGGAGACCUGAAUCAGUAUGUCCUGUCUCGGAGGCCGGACCCAGCCACCAACAAAAGUUUCAUGCUACAGCUCACGAGCGCCAUUGCCUUCCUGCACAAAAACCAUAUUGUGCACAGGGACCUGAAGCCAGACAACAUCCUCAUCACAGAGCGGUCUGGCACCCCCAUCCUCAAAGUGGCCGACUUUGGACUAAGCAAGGUCUGUGCUGGGCUGGCACCCCGAGGCAAAGAGGGCAAUCAAGACAACAAAAAUGUGAAUGUGAAUAAGUACUGGCUGUCCUCAGCCUGCGGCUCGGACUUCUACAUGGCUCCUGAAGUCUGGGAGGGACACUACACAGCCAAGGCGGACAUCUUUGCCCUGGGCAUUAUCAUCUGGGCAAUGAUAGAAAGAAUCACUUUUAUUGACUCUGAGACCAAGAAGGAGCUCCUGGGGACCUACAUUAAACAGGGGACUGAGAUCGUCCCUGUUGGUGAGGCGCUGCUAGAAAACCCAAAGAUGGAGUUGCACAUCCCCCAAAAACGCAGGACUUCCAUGUCUGAGGGGAUCAAGCAGCUCUUGAAAGAUAUGUUAGCUGCUAACCCACAGGACCGGCCUGAUGCCUUUGAACUUGAAACCAGAAUGGACCAGGUCACAUGUGCUGCUUAAAAUUCAGGGCUAAGCAUUUUGGGUGAUUUUAAACUAGGUCGAUUCCUCGGGACCCACAGUCUCACCACGUCUCCUACAGAGGACGGCAGAGGGUACAGGUGGUGGCUUGGCCGGUUGGCGAUCUCCCGACAGCUGGAUCUCCGGCAAUGUGAAGCUUUUGUUUGGGUUUUCCUGCUUCUUUUUAGUUUUGCUUUCUUUUUUUCUUUUUCUUUUUUUUUUCCCCUCUUUUCUUUUUCUUUCUUAAUUUAAACCAUUGAGACUUCAGAAGAGCAGGAAGCAAUGCUGUGGACAGGCACCAAUUUCUUUAAAGAAAUUCAGUGUGGACAAGGCAUAUGUAUCAAUUUCAGUUUUACUUUUUAUAAGGGGUUAGGGAGCUAUUUUUGGUUUUGUCCUUCACUUUCCCUCUGUCUUCCUCCUUUAUCCUUCUCUCAGUUCUACUUAUGACACCUCACCUCCCCCAGAGAAGGCCUGCCUCCCCAUAGGGAAUCUGGGGGUUUCUCCUGGAAUGGGGCAUGAGGACACAAGGAGGCCUCUGGGCCACGCCUCCCUACCAGAUGCAGGAACUCCCGGACUCCUUGGCAGGCUGGCCCUGGCUCGCCCUUGGGCCUCGGAGAUGAUCAGAGGCGAAGAACCACCUGGAAGAGGAAGGCCAGGGUUUGGCCAGGAGAACUAAGAAGGUCUCAAGUCCAGGCCUUGUUCUGUUGAGGCUAUUGGGAGCCCCAGGCCACAGCAGGACUUACAGCGGUGGGAUCCAUGCCUCCUCCGCCCUGUGUGGAGGGUGACCGCCUCGCACUGGCUGGCGGUGUUCCUCCUCCGCCCUGUGUGGAGGGCGACCGUCUCGCACUGGCUGGCGGUGUUCCUCCGCCCUGUGUGGAGGGUGACCGUCUCGCACUGGCUGGCGGUGUUCCUCCGCCCUGUGUGGAGGGGGACCGUCUCGCAGUGGCUGGCGGUGGAGCAGCCGUCCCGGCGCUGUAAGCCUGCCUUUCUGUUGGGAAAAACUGUUGUGCCAAACUGUGUGGAACACAGCUGGGUCUUCAGCAGGCAUCUGUCACUGCCAUGAGGUCAGCACUUCUCACCUAACUGCCUCCUGGAUUGUCAUCUUCCCACAUGUGUCCCGUAGUGUCCACGUGUUACAGAGACGGCCUGAGGCCCUCAGAUCUGGUUGUGACUUUGCCAUGAUAACAGGGUGUCCUGAACUGGCUGCCAUUGUCGUGUCCUCACAGUGAAGGGCGUGCCCUGUGUGCCAGGGUCCAUGGUAUCAUAUGCAGUGACACAUAACGUCAAGCGCCAUUUCCCUCACCCCUGGAGACUUACUAUUAGGUGCCUGCCCUCAGUAUAGACGUAUCCAAUGGGAACACAGCAGACCUGCCCAGAGCAGGGAGGUGUCGUGGGACUGGGUAGACCCCCUGCAGCGUUAGGCCCACAAAUGGGCCCCCCACCUUCAGGCUUCCCCAGCCGUGAUGCUUCAGCCCCGCCACCCAUGCCUGUCUGCUGCAGCCACCCUUGCACUCUGCAGCGACACUCGCACCUCCCUAGGGGAAGCCUCCCUCCCCCUGGGCUGCUGCUCUGAACCCAUCUGCUCUCCCCCUGCAAGAAGGGGCAGUGCUCUUGUGUUUCCCCUGUCUGGACUUGCCUGGCCACUCCGAACGCUUUUCACCCCAUUAUGGCCACAUAGUGUAGGGCCUCUGGGGAGGGGGAAGGGAAUCCUUUUGUGUUCGUUUUUGUUUUUUGUUUCACCUAAACCAGCAUAGGAUUGACAGGGGAGACGGUUGAAGGGCAUUUCCGUUUCUAUGUGACCAAGGCAGGGGCUUUUACCUGCUAAACAGCAAUCCUUUGGCCCUGAGAAUUUGAGAGAGAACAGUGCAUCAGGCCAGGCUCAGUUAUGUUUGCUCACAUUCUUUCAGCCUUCUCUCACCCCCUUAACACCAAGCUUUCUUCCUUGUGAGCGGAAGGUUGACUGCUGUUAGCAGGAUCCCACAGGUGAUAACCAGGCCCUUCCCUUCCUGGGCCAAAACCCAUUGUGACUGCUUGUCUCUCCUGUCUCUGACUUCUCAGGCAGCCUCCUGAGUGCACUGAGUUGUAGCCGAGAGGAUGGGAACAGCAGCGUCCCCUAAUUGCAGUGCACGUUCCUUCUCUGCCCGCCACCCUGCCUUCUCUUGGGGGCAGCUGUCUCUUUGUACAUGAACAAAUGGGAAAAACAGUCCCCAAACCCAGCACCCCCGUCUCUGGCUGCAGCCCACGUCGUAACAUCCCUAGUGAGGCUCCAGCCUAAUGAGCCCCUUAUUUUCUUUUUCUUCCCUCCCCAGAUCCCAUAGCUCUAACUAAAUAAUAAGUUCUUGGAGCCAUCGUGCUUCCCCUUUGUUAUUUUUCUUGCUAUCAGAAUAGCAAGAGACAGCACCCCUGUAGGUGUCAGGUGGGCAGCCUGGUGGGGGUCACCAGCCUCCAUGCCCCCUCAUCUUCCAGUUCUUGCUUAGUGGCAUGACCUCUUUCCAUAGCGUAAAUGCAGGCCAGCUUUUUAGCCCCAAGUGCCUGCCCCUCCUUAUCUCUCCCCUGCUUUCUCAAACACUUGCCCACCUCAGGCACUCAGCCGACUCCUCCAUGAUGAGAGAACUGGCCAUGGCUCAGCCCCAGGUAGCACCUGUAGUCUUCUCAGUGCCACUCUCCCCUGUCCCCUUGUGGAUCGGCUUCCGCUCGCUGUCGCGUCCCCACUCCUGCGUCUUCACUGGGUCUCAGGCUGUCAGCAGCUCUCUGGUGCGUCAGCUCAGCACCACCAAGUUUGUAGGACCUGCCCAAGUUCUAGGAGUUUUCAAACCUCAAAACGGCAGUCAUCCAUUCUCCUUGGGUCUGUGGCAAGGAUAGCCCAUUGGAGGGGGGCUCUUGACCUCGGCUGUUAGGGAUCUCAACUUGGUUUUCCCAUCAGAAGAAUCAGCAGGACAGAUUGUAGUGCCUUAUUCCAUUGUCCUCCCCUGACCAGGCCUCCUGGCUCAGCUGGAAGUGCGUGGCUUCUUUCUCCCUAUCUAUGUUCUCUGUCACUUGCUCUUUCACUGUCUCUCAUUCCCAGAGAACCACGGGGGAGGGAUCACCCUCUCACCCCGCACACCCUCUUCCUGAGGCCCGUAGCCAGGUCCGCAUCUCCCCACCACCACCAGGGCACUCACUUGCAGCUAUAGCCCAGGACAGAAAAACUGUGCUUUGGACAGGUGCACACUCUCUGCCUCUUACCUCUAGCCAGGAGUAGCCAGGAGGAGGCCUCAGUCUGUUCAUUCGAGACUGGCCCCAUCUGAACCCUCUCUGGGCACUGGGGACUAAGGUUGCCGGCCUUAGCCUCGUCUCAUCCCAGAGGCAUUGGGUCAGGAGAAUGGGAAUUUUUUUCCUCCCACCUGGACGUAGUUUGCCCCUGUGGCUGCCUUUCUGAGGGAGUAUAUUAAAUGUUUACUUAAGAAACACCCUGUUUACAGUCAGAGGAGAAACACCCAACACUGGGUGGAGAUUUGACUCUGGACAGGGCCUGGCCUCCUUAGUGGCACUGCCAGGGGGGCCCCAAAGUGAAUGAGGGCAGAGGUGCCCCGGGCAGGGGCGAACGCCCUCCGCUCCCGACCCUGUGGUGCUAGGACCACUCCCCCCGCCUUCCUCACCGCCUCCUCGCGCUGCACAUUCCCCACCUCCACGUUCCCUUCCUCCAAGAUCUCAGCUCCUUAACAUAUCAGUUGUCUCCUAGCCUAGAAAACCAGUGUUUGGAGCAAUAAGAUGAUUAUUUUUGCUUGAAUCUUUUUCUAAGAGAAGGAAAAGAGCUGGCAUUGUGGGAAUUUUCUUUUUAUGCUGUUAGCUGUUUACCUUCUUAGAAGACAUCUUAAUAGGAUGGAUGUCUGGGUUUUAGCCUUGGGGUAUCUUUUGGAAACUGAGAAAAGCAGGAGUCAGGCUGCCACCCUCCAAGGAGGGACCCUAGCCUUCUGCCCUUGCCUGGUUCCAUAUGGCUCCUUCCAGCCCUGCCCACAAUGCUGCUCCCACUCGCCAUCCUGCCCAUGCGCCCCUCUUCCCCCCACAUCUGGGGGCGCUGGUGGCACUUACUCUAGGUGGGUCUCAGACUAUCCCUCCCCUUGACUGGUGUUCCCUCCUGGGCCUGUCUGGCAGCCCCCAGACAGACAUAGCUCCUGGGAGUCUCAGCCCUGGCAAACUUGGAAGAGCCAAACUGACAUUUUUUAGCUCUUCAGGCCACUGGGUUUUGGAGGCAGAAAUCCAGAGAUACUGGCUCUGCCAAGCUGUCAUACUGGGCUGUGGCACAGCCUUCGAGACAACACAGGUGCAUCUCUGAUCCUGCCCUACCUAGGCUUCGAGGGGCUUCUGUCUGGAGAAACACCCUCAAAGGGUAACCAGUAGGUGUGACACUGAAUUGGCCAGUAUUAGCAUCUACAGCCGUCAAGAGAUGAGUCCAUUGCCGUUGCCUGCCCAAGGGCCCCCUAAGAUUACAGACAGUAUCAGCAGGGAGGCCGUCCUGGUGUUUUUCUAGGAGAGCCCACAGGAGGAAGGGAGCCUCUUCAGGGGCAUUGGAAUCUUUUGUGCCAGGGGCUUCUUUUCAUCAGAGCCGGGGAGUACAUUUAAGAAGUCAGUGACUUCUUAAAUAUUUGUGUGGGACAGACGAGUGUGAGGGAGGUUUUAAGCCAGGCACAAAGUUAGUUUCAAAUACUAGUUAAUAAAUCUAUUUUUCUUCAUUUCCUUUUUUUGCACAGAAGCUGGUAAUCUAGGACCUACGUGUGAACAACUUUAUAUGAGUAUUUUUUGUACGUGGUUUACUUGGGUUGGUAUAUGAUACAUUAUAUUUAAGUUCCUUGAACACUGUGGAUCCCCUGAUGUGUAUGAAUGACUGAGGCUUUGUAAAUUAAGGGACGUUUGUGUGAAUAAAAGUUAUUUGAUGGGGUCAAAGAAGCCAUAUGUGAUUUGAAAAA